GCUUGACAACCACGUCAUCAUCAACUUAACAACCACGCCAUCCUCAGCUUGACAACCACGCCAUCUUCAGCUUGACAACCACGCCAUCAACAGCUUGAUAACCACGUCAUUUUCAGCUUGACAACCAUGCCAUAUUCAGCUUAACAACCACGCCGUCUUCAGAUUGACAACCACGCAAAUAUCAGCUUGACAACCACACCAUCGUCACUUUACAACCACGCCAUCAUCAGCUUGACAGCCACGCCAUUAUCAGUUCGACAACCACAUCUUGUUUACGUGCAAUGAUACAUGUAUCGAUGCGUCCCAUAAAAGUUUACGAUGGUUACCGUAGAACUCACGACACCGGACGUUUACUGAUAACAAAAACACACCAUAAGUUCUUCGUGCUAAGGUGUAUGCUUAUUCACUUCUUUGGUGCCGCACCGCAAACCGGACCGAACAACAUGCUGUUUAUUACGAUCGAUGAUAUGAGAGCGGAUUAAGGAUGUUACCAAGGUACUGAGUUCCCGUCACGUGAUGACCCUCAGAUACAUUCGCGUAAACAUCGACGCUUUGGUGCGGAAAAGCCUCCUCCUGAAAAAGGCGUACGUACAGCAGGCGCUUUGUAGUCCGAGCCGCACGUCCUUCCUGACGUCACGUCGACCGGAUACGACGCACGUUUACGACCUGGAAACGUACUGGCGCAAGGUGAGCGGGAACUUCACGACUAUACCGCAGUACUUCAAAAAACACGGCAGGCUUACCGCCAGUAUUGGGAAAAUAUUCCACCCUGUAGGUGACAGUCACGAUGAUGCCCCGUUUUCGUGGACGGAUCCGUACAUUAUGCCGCGAGCGUCGAGAUAUGAAGUUAGCGAAAUUAGUUGGAUGUACCUGAACGAUUCCCAGCUCUUGAACGACCCGCUUGUAGAUGACAAAAUCGCAAAGGCUGCAGUAAGUGCUCUGCAGAAUUUUGCAACGGGUGGCAAAUACGCGAACCGACCGUUCUUUCUCGCUUCGAUCGUUACCGGUACACGAAGUGGGUCGAAUUCUCUUACCAGCUCCACAGGCCGGAUUGGACAAGAAAUCACGGCACGGAACUGUACGACCACCAGACGGACCCCGACGAGAAUCACAACGUGGCGUCCGACCACGCGUUUGCAGAUCUUGUGAAAAGCAUGGCCUUUCGUCUGCAUGCCGGCGGGCGUCACGUUAGUCCGUACAUCAAUAACCCAAGUAUAGUUGGAUGAAUUUCAUUACAUAAAAAAUCUUAUUGGAUGUACCAAACAUUAUCUACGAUCAAAAUAUAAAAUAAAUGCGAAACAGCCA